AUCACAGCAGAUAUUACAGGAAAUUGCCUCACUGACCUCCAGACGCGAAGCAGCCAGAAGAACCGUAGAUGGCGCUAAUAGCACACGAGUUUGUAUUCGUUCCACUGGCGCAGAGUGCAGGCCAUGAACUAUACUGUGUAAACAACUAAAUUCUGGAUGUGAAGGCUUUUUGGGCAUGCAGUAACGUAAAUUAUUAGAAACGAGCAACUUGAUGUUAUCAAGUAGUUAUAGUUUAAUAGUUUAUUUUUAUGGUGUUGCUUCAUAUAUUAGCAGUUAUCAGUGACAUGUUUUAACCUUCUGAAUUAAUCUCAAUUACAAUGUGGAGGACUGCAAAACUACAAAAAAAGAAACAAAAAGACAAGGCUAUAGUCAGUAUUUCAGAUACAUGAGCCAUGCAUUGUAUCUGUUUGAUAGUAGGUUAGUUGAUUAGCCGAGCGAAUCCGUAAGUGGCCGAGAAUUGCCGAAUCAUCUGUCCUGCCCGGACUGCUGGAAGCGGCCGCAACGCCAUGUUGGCGAAGUCUCUCAUCUCUGUGAGAAAAAAAUGAUAGAAAACACACUUGUCGAGAAGAAAAGGUAGAUCGCCGAGGGAGGUUGAACAUCGUGGCGAUUAUUUAUUUUGAAAGAAACGAACCGAGCCGGAUCCGCAAAGGCUCCGGACGGGCGAGGGAGGCUAAACCUCCCACCGUCCCCAUGAAUAGCACCGCUGAUCCGAACAGCGACUUUCCAUGAAAAAAGACGUUUGUGUUGCUAUUCGAGCUUCGUUAUUCCAGUUCGUUAAAGGGAUUUGGGGCCUGCUUCAAGAAUCUGCUACGCCUGCUCUAUGCAUGCAAGCUAGGCGUUUUUGUAUCAGUAUUUAUUAAGGUAUUGUUUUUAUUUGUUGAUUUUUUUUGCGAUGAGUUUGCCACCGAAAGUGGUCCCCAAACCCGCCGCUGUCGCAGUUAGCGGACCUGGAAGUGGCCCCUCUCCGUCGAGCCAACUGCGGGCUACACUGACCUCCGUGUCUCUGCCGCCGGGAGCCCCAACAGCUCCUCAGCCCGGCGCUGUACCUCCAACUCAAAUCCCACGGGUUCAGCCAUCACUGGACGAACGAAUCUUCCCCACACCGCCUACAGUCUACAACAUACCCAGGCAUGCUGCUCCUUACCCUGCUCACGACAUCACAAAGGGACACCCUAGCUUGGCGGGCACCCCGCCCGGUCAUGCCCACUCCCCGGCGCUCUCUCAGGUAUCAGUACCCACAGCUUCCCCAUAUCGCUACCCUAAGGGCUGGGAGGCAGGUGGAGGGUCUCCAUACAACCCUGGACAAAAUGCUGGUUCUGCACCUUUAGUGUACUCUGCCCAGACACAGCCAAUGAAUGCACAGCCACAAAGUCGCCCGUUUGCCACGGGCCCUCGACCAACCCACCAUCAGUUUUUCCAGAGGACCCAGAUGCAGACUGCGAGGCCCUCCAUCCCUACAAACACACCCUCCAUACGGCCUGGCUCACAGACUCCCACAGCGGCUGUCUACCCCACUAACCAACCACUCAUGAUGACCAUGACACCCAUGCCUUUCCUUUCCCCACAGGCUUCACAGUACUACAUCCCACAGUAUCGCCACAGUACGCCCUACGUGGGACCUCCUCAGCAGUAUUCUGUACAGCCUCCAGGGUCUGGCACCUUCUAUCCUGGUCCAGGGCCAGGGGAGUAUCCUGCCCCAUAUCAUCCCCUCAGGUACCACCCACCUGUUUCACCCUCUGUUCCUGCUCCCGUUCCCACUGCUGGGCCACCCUACUACCCAGGACAGACUGUGUACCCCCCCUCACCCCCAAUCAUAGUGCCUACACCACCGCAACCUCCACCAGCCAAGCGCGAGAAGAAAACAUCCUCCCAGAUCCGUAUCCGUGACCCCAAUCAAGGUGGCAGGGAUAUCACAGAGGAGAUCAUGGCAGGUGGUUCAGGGAGCAGGAACUCAACACCUCCUGUCGGUUGCCCCUCCUCUACCCCUACACCACCACAGCAGCUGAGCAGCAGCCAGACUCCAGAGCAGCAGCCACAGUCGCAGCCUCCUCAGCCACAGCAGGCCCAUCCUGGAAGUUACACGUUGGAGCCGCCGCAGCCGCAGCAGCCACUGACAACUGGGGCUUCAGAUACCAAACCAGGGCCAGAUGAUGCGCCAAAACUGGAGCCUGCUGUCCAGAAGUCUUCCUCACCUGGACUCGUACAGCCUGAAGCCCCUGAGGAGCGACUUGAGGCCAACGCUCCUGUAACUGAGCCCUGUUCUACUGUUGAACCUGCCUCAGUGGGCGCCCCUGCCACUCUGCCGCUUUCAGUGGCCAACAAAAGUGAACGGCCCUCAGUCAGGGAGUCCACUGCUUCAGCCUCUUCUCCCUCCCCCUCAGCUGGGGAGCAGAAACCUUCUUUGGCGCCACCUCAGACUCCCAUCACAGACAAGCCUCUUUCAGAUGCCCCACGAACUCCAGCUGCCUCGCCAGUACCAGCUCCCAAGGCUUUGAACGGCCUUGCGGACUCUGGGACCGAGCUAGACACCCCAGCUCAUGAGCCUUCUCUUCUAUCCACAGCUACACUCCAGCCCCAGGCCUCAGCUUCUGCUUACAGAGAGGCUUCCUCUUCUGAAGCUUUGCCCUCUGACGUGAGGCCAGAGGUGCCCAUUGCUGCUGCGCUCACCCCUAUGGCACCUGUGGCUGUUGUUCCAGUCACCCUGACCUCAAGCCCUGCCCCAGCUUUGCCAGUUAUGCUCCCCCCCGGCCUUCCGCCUCUAGUGCAGGCCACAACAGAGGCCGACGAGCUGAGCAAGUCCUUAGACAGUAAAGACCUUGUCCACAGAGUAGGAACAGAGGCACAUGCAGGCAUUUCUGACAGCAAAACAGACUCCCAGCAACAAGCACUCACCAGGAAGAGUCCCACUACAGUGAAUCAGACUGCUUCUGCUAUACCAAAGACCUGGAGGAAACCAAAUGAAGGGAUCUCUGCUGGAGAUGCACCUCAAAAGGAAGACGAGGACGAACCCAGGCCAACGGAUCAGCCUGCUGGAGACCAAGCCCCGCAGUCAGCUGCUCUGAGCAGCAGCCCGGUGCCCCUACCGCCAGUCUUCACCUCCACCCCUGCCCCAGCUCCUGCCUGCAGCCCUGAGGCUGAUAAGCCUGCUGCCCCAGAGGAGAACGGUGAGACUGAGAUGGAGCCCAUGAGGAAUGGGGCAGGCCACACUUCGGAGACGGAGAGCAGCGACAGUGGAGCCACUCCCGGAGAGAAGGAGAACUCCACAGGGGCUCCGCAGGACAUGGAAGACCUGACGGAGUCUAGUGGGAAGCGUCAGUAUGACAGAGACUUUCUGUUGGGCUUCCAGUUCAUGCCCGCCUGCGUACAAAAGCCUGAGGGGCUCCCGCCUAUCAGUGAUGUGGUGCUGGACAAGAUGAACCAAAACAAGUUGCCAUCUCGAGUUGUGGAUUCCAGGGCGAUUUCCAGAGGGCCUGAUUUCACACCUGCCUUUGCCGACUUUGGCAGGCAGAUGACUGGAGGACGAGGCGCUGCACUUAUGAACAUUGGGGUGCGGCGCCCUCCACCCAGGAAGAUCAUCAUGAACGUGUCGGUGAAUGAUGAUGUUCAGCUAAAAAAAUCGGAGAAUGCCUGGAAACCUGGCAUGAAGAGGGACGGCCCUGCAGAGGAUCCGGAGAUGCAGAAAACACAGGAGCUCUUCAGGAAGGUACGCAGCAUUCUGAACAAGCUGACGCCUCAGAAGUUCAACCAGCUGAUGAAGCAGGUGACGGACCUGACCAUUGACACAGAAGAGAGGCUCAAGGGGGUCAUCGACCUGGUCUUUGAGAAGGCCAUCGAUGAGCCCAGCUUCUCUGUGGCCUAUGGAAACAUGUGCCGCUGCCUUGCCACGCUCAAAGUGCCCAUGACAGACAAACCUAACAACACAGUGAACUUUCGCAAGCUGCUGUUGAACCGCUGCCAGAAGGAGUUCGAAAAAGACAAGGUGGACGAUGUAGUGUUUGAAAGGAAGCAGAAAGAGCUGGACUCUGCUGCAUCGGCGACGGAGCGUGAGAGGCUUCAGGAAGAGCUUGAGGACGCCAAGGACAAGGCGCGGCGGCGGUCCAUUGGCAACAUCAAGUUUAUUGGUGAGCUCUUCAAGCUCAAGAUGUUGACUGAAGCCAUCAUGCACGACUGUGUUGUCAAGCUGCUGAAGAAUCAUGAUGAGGAGUCUUUGGAGUGCCUGUGCAGGCUGCUCACCACCAUUGGCAAGGACCUCGACUUUGAGAAGGCCAAGCCUCGGAUGGAUCAGUAUUUCAAUCAGAUGGAAAAAAUUGUCAAGGAGAGGAAGACGUCGUCCCGGAUACGGUUUAUGUUACAGGACGUUAUAGACUUGAGAUUGCACAACUGGGUGUCCAGGAGAGGUGACCAGGGUCCGAAAACCAUCGAGCAGAUCCACAAGGAGGCCAAGAUUGAAGAGCAGGAGGAGCAGAGAAAAGUGCACCAGCAGCUGCUCUCCAAGGACAGCAAGAGACGGCCAGAUUCAAGAGAUCAGCGCGUGCAGAGAGAAGAGACCUGGAACACUGUGCCCAUGACCAAGAACAGCAGGACCAUCGACCCCACCAAGAUCCCAAAGAUCUCCAAGCCUCAAAUGGAUGAGAAGAUUCAGUUGGGUCCCCGGGCUCAAGUUACGUGGGUGAAGGGCAGCAGUGGAGGUGCCAAGGCCAGUGACUCGGAACUGUCGCGGACAGCUGGUCUCAAUCGUUACUCUGCGCUGCAGUCAACGCCUUCACCUCAGGCCCCCAACACUCCACCACAGAACCCAGACUUUGAUUCCAGGAGAACUCUGGGAAGUCGUAGCAGUACAGGUAGGGAACGCGGCGAGAAGCCACUGCUCUCCGGCCCGCCGUCAUCGCGGCCCGGACCGUUCAUCAGGGGAGGCAGUUCGAAGGAGCUGCUGGAGAGCCAGUCCCCAGACGAGCCGCGAAGAGAUCGAGAAGGAGCCGAGCCCAGGAGACCGAGCGUCACCGACGACAAAACGGAGCCAGAGCGCAGCAGAGUCAAGGAGCCUGUGAAACCUGAGCCAGUAGUCCAGACCCCGGACAGACCUGCUCUGUCUGAGGAAGAGAUAGAGAGGAAGUCUAAGUCCAUCAUUGAUGAGUUCCUGCACAUAAACGACUACAAGGAGGCCAUUCAGUGUGUGGACGAGCUCGAACUGGGCCCUCAGCUAAAUAUCUUUGUGCGUGUCGGGGUGGAGUCGACUCUGGAGCGCAGUCAGAUAACACGGGACCACAUGGGCCAGCUCCUGUUCCAGCUGGUGCGGCAGGGACUCCUGCCCAAAUCCGAAUACAGCAGAGGGUUUGCAUACACACUGGAACAAGCGGAUGACAUGGCCAUCGACAUUCCCCACAUCUGGCUGUACCUGGCCGAGCUGCUCAGCCCUGUGCUGAGGGAAGGGGGCUUCUCUAUGAGAGAGCUCUUUAGUGAAUUAAGGAAACCUUUGCUUCCUGUGGGAAGAGCUGGGAUCUUAAUUUCUGAAAUACUGCACAUACUAUGCAAACAAAUGAGCCAUAGGACUGUGGGUUCUUUGUGGAGGGAAUCUGGCCUCAGCUGGAGCGACUUCCUGCCAGAGGGAGAGGACGUCCAGGCUUUCAUCUCGCAACAGAAACUCCAGUUCGUUCUGUCGGACGGCUCCAGCCCUGAGACAGCUCUGUCUAAGAGGAUCUUGUCUCCUGAGGAGCUGAGCCAGCAAUUGGAGAGACUCCUCCUGGAGGAUAUGGCCAGUGACGAGCAGAUCUUUGACUGGGUAGAGGCAAACCUAGAUGAAUCUCAGAUGAGCUCGUCUCCCUUCCUGAGGGCUUUGAUGACAGCUGUGUGUAAGGCAGCAGUGAAAGAUGAUAACACCAACUGUCGAGUGGACACGGCCAUCAUCCAGAGGAGAUUGCCUGUAUUACUCAAGUACCUUAACUCAGACACUGAGCGACAGCUGCAAGCACUUUAUGCACUUCAGGCGCUGAUCGUCGCCCUCGAUCAGCCUCCAAACCUUCUCCGGAUGUUCUUUGACUGUCUGUAUGACGAGGACGUCAUCUCGGAGGAUGCUUUCUACAAGUGGGAGUCGAGCAAAGACCCUGCCGAGCAGCAUGGUAAGGGUGUGGCCCUCAAGUCUGUCACGGCCUUCUUCACCUGGCUGCGGGAGGCGGAGGAGGAGUCAGAAGAUAAUUGACGAGGGAGACACCAGAGGGACAUGACGUAGUAGAACUGCAUCCUUACAGAAGAACAAACAUUCAAAAUGGAUGUAUGGGCAGGACGACAUGUUUACGGCUGGAAUUUAUUUUCUGCGGUACGGUUCUGAAACAUGCCGCCAUUUUGAGUUUGGAUUCCAACGGCGGAAGCACUAAAUACUUGUAUUAUACAUAGAAAAUAUUUUUGUUUUAAAUUUUAACUUACUUUUCUUUUGUUACUUUUUAAGAAGAGACUUAAAAGAUACAUAGGUUCCGGACUCCUUAAUUUAUUAUUUUUUUAAGGACUGCAAAUAUGAAAGUUAUUUAACAUUUGCAGAUGCUCACAAAUGAGAACAUGACAGCAGAAAUAACAAUAUAAUUAAUUAUAAUAACAAAACCAUAAUUAUGAAAUGAAUAGCCUCCCUGGAUUCCACACUGUUUGGUUUAAAACAGGGUAAAACAAAAUUAUUUUGGGAUGAAGGGGAAGCAGAGAUAAAAAGGAGCUAUUAACGUUGUCUGUGUAUGACGUUUGAGGUCAGAGGUUAUUUCCUAUAACCAGGAAGUGUUUUCACUCGGUCUUGGCUUGCUCUACGUUGUUCAUGUACAUACGCCUCAUGAGAGGUAGAGGUAUGCAUUCAAAAGUGAUGCAAGUCAGUCCACAGAACUGUCAAAACAAAUGCAGAUGAACAAACUGGAUACAUUCAAAGGUUAUGAGCAAAAAUGCAUCUUCAAAAAGCAAAUGGCCAGGGUCGCUGAACAUGAAAUGCUUGUAAUAGUUCAGACCUACAGAGCAGAUUAAAGCUUGUAAAUACAUUAAAGAAAAAAAAAGGUA